CUGAACGCUGGUUAAAUGCCAAAAAGGUAAAAAUAUUCUAGAAGCGCUCAAAAUUGCAUCAGCUGCCAAGUCGAGAGAGCGCCGGAACGUUCUCGAGCGCAGCAGCAUUUCGUAUAAAUAGCAGCCGGCGUCGCGCUCUCUCCACAGUUGAAUCAAAUCAGUCAAAGCGAACGGAGCUCGCGUGAAGCAAGCAGCAAAAGAGAAUUUCACCACAAAUUGCAGACAUUACAAAUUGUGACCAGGAAAGAUGCGUUCAUUGCCCAUGUUUCUACGUAUGGCCGAGGAGCUGACCAGGAUGCCGCGUGUCUCGCCAUUCCAGGCCUUCUUCCACGAGCCGCACAUGUGGACUGGCCUGACGGUGCCGCGCAACUGGCAACAGAUUGCGCGCAGCCAGGAGCAACAAUUUUCGCCGGCGGCAACCAUUGGCAAGCAGGGCUACCAGGUGUGCCUGGACGUCAGCGAAUACAAGCCCAAUGAACUGACGGUGAAGACGGUGAACAACAGCGUCGUCAUCGAGGGCAAGUCCGAGCAGCAGGAGGAUGACCAGGGCGGCUACAGCUCUCGCCACUUUCUGCGUCGCUUUGCUCUGCCCGAGGGCUACGAGGCCGACAAGACCACAUCCAGCCUAAGCAGCGAUGGCAUACUGACCAUCAAUGUGCCCAAUCCACCAGCUGUUCAAGAAGCGCUCAAGGAACGUGUCGUGCCCAUACAGCAGACCGGACCUGCGGAGCUGAACGUGAAGCCUAAUCCACCGCUGGAGGAGCCCGCCGAGAAGCAGAAGGAGCAGUAAAUGCAGCCAAAGAUAAGCCGCACCCAAUCGGCUUUGUGGCAACUCCUAGUCUUAAAAAGUUAUAAUAGUUUAUAUAGAAAUAAUG